AUGGAGGGUGACGCAUUUCAUGACGAGCAACAGUACCAAGAGGCUCUGGACGAGUGGGACUUCGUUGAGGCUCAGGGAGGGAAGCAGUUAGCGACUUUGCAGUCGGGCGAUUCGUAUUCUCGAGUCUUAUCACAAAGACUGAUAACCGACUUCAUUCAAAUCGUUGAAGGCCCUCGCUGUGCUGCAAUCUUAGAAGCGAAUGAACUUUCCCUUUUCUCAAAAAUCCGACGUUACAUUUUUGGACCACCAUUAUUGGAAAAGCGCUGUCGGGAAAAAUUAGCCUCGAUCCUUUCACUGACAAAGUUAUCACUUGGCGCCCUGCCGGAAGAAACACAGUACGAGGUUCUGGCGACUCUUUACGAAAAUCUAACCACGGAGCCAUGUCCACGGCGAUACGGCUCGCACUGGCAAAAAAUCGGCUUUCAAGGAAACGACCCAGCGACUGAUCUUCGCGGCGUGGGAGUCUUUGGUCUCUGGCUCUUACUCAGACUGAGUGAAGACUCGGUAGUGAAGAAGUCCUUUUCGCAAAGCUGCACAAAAAGUCCUGAUUCUUAUCCUUUUUGUACCUGCAUGAUGACAUUGUGCAAAGCAACCAUGACACUUGCCAAAGAAGGUGCCCUAAAUAAAUACAUCGAAGAAAAAACCAUCGAAGAUGUGACCUACCACGUCUUUCGUCAAAUUUUUAUCUCCUUCGAAUGCGAGUACUCCAAAUCAGAAGAGAAGGGAGUCCUCGCUGCGGGAGAAAUCAGCCGGAAAAUCGACAAAAAUCCAAAAAAAUAUGUUCGAAUAUCAUCAAUUCUUGUUUCUCCUGUUUAG